AUGGCCCCCACUGCUGUCUCCUAUAAAGCAUCAUGGAUUGGGUGGAAGAGCCCUGCGGCGCUAAUGAUACAGAUCUACCGACGACAGGCCCUGAUGAAGGGCGUGCUGUGCGGGCUUUGGAUGGUGGCUACUGUAUUCGCGCAGGACACUAUUACGAACAAUUCUCUGGCUUAUCGGCCGAAAUAUCAACAUCCGGCUUAUCGACUUUUACAAAGGAACAGUGUCCCAAAGAGCUUUGUGAUAGCUCGCACGGCAACUCCACUAGACACCUCUCGCUCCUUACCAUGCUGUCGAGAUGAGAGCGGUGGCUCCAUGUGUCGCACUCUAAAAAACAACGAUCCUAGGGGAUUUGCUAGCCGAUGCAUUGCGGAGCCCGAUUUCUCCCUCGUCGUUUGUUGCAAAGCAUGCAACGAGCUUGGGACAGAUUACAGGGAACGAGCGGCCAACUUUUUCUCUUCUUCUCAUAACGCUACGCACUGUUUUGACAGGAUGAGCCCAGCAUUUUGCGGAAGGUUUCAGACUGGAAGUGAUGCUUGGAAUGCGAGAAGAUGGUCUUGCGAAACUGAGCACUACCGUCUUGGCUUCCGGAAACGCGAAGGAGCCCGAGAAAUGCAACAAGGCAUAAACACAAAACCCGACAUCACCAACUUUGCGCGCCGACAUCAGCGACGAGCUCCUCGGGUUGAGGAGCCGACUGACGACCGUGCAUUACCAACAAAUUGGUCAUCCUGGUUCACCGGCAUCUCGCAUCGUCUUUCUAUGGCAUUUAGCCGGCCUUCGGUACCCAUU